AUGAAUAGCUAUGUAACGCAAAAUGGUUACCCUGCAACAUUAAAAUCGCUUUAUUGCUCCUGGUUAAAGACUGAGAUUCAGGACUCUCUUCCAACAUCGCCCAACCGCUCUCCAAACAAGACCAUGGCAAUGAAUCAUAGACAAAACUGCACAAAGUUCACGGAAGAUCAGUUGAAAAUCUUCAUCAAAGCAUUCAGCCAAAAACCUUACCCAGGUUACACUACCAAACAAAAGCUUGUUUUAGAAAUAACACCUAAAGAGUCGAGAAUCCAUGUUUGGUUUCAGAAUGGAAGAGGUAGUCAUCGAGUCUGGAAGAGUUCAGAACCUGAGGAGUACUCAGAAGCAAGGCGAGACCAACAUCACCCUGAACAGAGGAAUCAAAGCAGAGAAGAUUCCGGUGUCAUGCCAACGUCCUCUCGAUCACACAUCCUUAUCACGCACGUAGGAAGAACCCUUACACUGACAUUGAUUCCAGAAUCAAGAGUCCAAAUUUGGUUUUAAAAUUGAAAAUCUAGAUUCCAUGUCCAGUAUAAACAGAAACAAGUUUAA